AUUUCGAGUUCGGAUCUAUCGGUCGUACGAUGAGCGAGCUUGGCCGCCUUGCGAUGAAGAUGAUGGAGCGAUGUGCGCUGGACGAGUCUGCAUCUCCCACGACGAGCAUGAAGGAUGAGUCGAAUGUGAACAACGGCGGCAACAUCGGAUGUCCGUUCCUACUUCAAUUGAUUCAGCCCUUUGAAGAGAUCAUGCCACACAACACGAAGCGAGAGCUGAGUGCUGUGAAUGCGUACUCGAUCAAGCUGGACACGCUUCCGUUCAGCAUCCUCGAGACCGACAUGUUUCGCCGCGCGUUCCCCGACAAACCGAUCUUCCAUGCCAUCCUGGAGCACCUUGACGGCAUGCGAGCCCUUCUCACAAGCAAUACAACCCGCAUCGUCGUUCAGAAUCUUUCCAGCGUGUCCAUCCGAGUUGACGGCGUCGACCAGGAACCAAAGAUACUGUCGUCCGUGGGCUCCGUCGCCGACAUGACGCCCGGCAGCCUCCUCACGCUCUUUCAAUUCCCACCCGAACACGUACGUCCAUGCAUCGCUCUUCAACUCAUGCCUUCUUCUCGUGUUGCAUAGCCAUAUUCCCAUUUCCCUCCGCUGCAGUAUCGACUCGUGCACGUAAACGCUGUCCUCGACCCACGAGACGCCUGGUACGUCCACACGAUCUCCUGCCAGGACCGGCACUGGAGCUCCGCCGACGUCCCUGUGACGCCACCUCGCUACGUCUUGCGCAUGCACCGUGGUAUUUCCAAGCUGACACGAGACGAAGAAACCGCCAUGCACGCGCACAAUCUGCUCUCGAUUCCGUGCGCCCAAGCAGCCACCGUGGUCGGUCGAGAUGCGUGGUCCCAUGCGUUUGGCGCGCGCUUCCACUCGUUCCCUAUCCGGUUCAUGCCGCGCUGCCAGCUGCUGCUUCGUCCCCCCCUGCUGCCCCCCCCCUCCUCCUCCUCCC